CUACUUUGAGUGCAGCCUAGGCAGAGAGACCGCUCUGGACGCCACUGCAUCACCGCCUUCGAGGCAACGAAACAAUCCCUAGUGCACCUCCUCCCCCGGUUCUACUUUAUUUCAACUUCCCUGUGGCCUCGUUUUUCUUGCUUUUUCAAUAUUUCUUGCCUAGAAGCAGUUUUCAUAUCCCAAAUCGCCAGCCAUGGCAAGCCCCACGACCGGCUACUCCAUAAACGUCAACGACCCCAGCUUGAUUUCGCUAGUUAACAGGCUUCAAGAUGUCUUCUCCACAGUCGGUGUACAAAACCCGAUCGAUCUGCCCCAAAUCGCCGUCGUCGGAUCGCAGUCCAGUGGAAAGAGUUCAGUGCUAGAGAAUAUCGUCGGCCGGGAUUUCUUGCCUCGUGGCUCUGGAAUCGUCACUCGGAGACCCCUUAUCCUGCAGCUUAUCAACAAAACUCCCACCCCCACCACAAAUGGUGACACCAAGUUGGAGACGACCGACAGCGAGUCCAACGUGAACGAGUACGGUGAAUUCCUGCACCUACCCGGGGAGAAGUUCUUCGAUUUCAACAAGAUUCGGGAAGAGAUCGUGCGUGAAACGGAAACCAAGGUCGGAAAGAAUGCCGGAAUCUCGCCCUCCCCCAUCAACCUGCGCAUCUACUCCCCCAACGUCUUGACCUUGACCCUCGUCGAUUUGCCUGGUUUGACCAAGGUGCCCGUCGGAGACCAACCGAAGGAUAUUGAGAAGCAGAUCCGUGAUAUGGUCCUCAAGUAUAUCAGCAAGCCCAACGCAAUCAUCCUAGCAGUCACUUCGGCCAACCAAGAUCUUGCCAACUCCGAUGGUCUGAAGCUGGCACGUGAGGUGGACCCAGAGGGUCAGCGCACCAUCGGUGUGUUGAGUAAGGUCGAUCUGAUGGACGAUGGAACCGAUGUGGUGGAUAUUCUCGCUGGACGAAUUAUCCCCUUGCGCCUGGGUUAUGUGCCGGUGGUCAACCGUGGCCAGCGUGACAUUGAGAACAAGAAACUUAUUGCUUACGCCCUGGAGAACGAGAAGAACUUCUUCGAGAACCACAAGGCAUACCGUAAUAAGGCUUCCUACUGCGGUACUCCAUAUCUGGCACGGAAACUGAACUUGAUCCUUAUGAUGCACAUCAAGCAAACACUGCCCGAUAUCAAGGCCCGCAUUUCCGCCUCCCUCCAGAAAUACACCGCAGAGCUAGCGCAACUAGGUGACUCUAUGCUUGGUAACAGCGCCAACAUUAUCCUGAACAUCAUCACUGAAUUCAGCAACGAAUACCGUACAGUCUUGGAGGGAAAUAACCAGGAGUUGUCCAGCAUCGAGCUGUCCGGUGGUGCUCGUAUUUCCUUCGUGUUCCACGAACUCUACUCGAACGGUGUCAAGGCUGUCGAUCCCUUUGACCUCGUGAAGGACAUUGACAUCCGGACCAUCCUUUACAACUCGUCCGGUUCCUCACCCGCACUAUUCGUCGGCACCACCGCCUUCGAGUUGAUCGUCAAGCAACAGAUCAGGCGACUGGAAGAGCCCAGCUUGAAAUGUAUCUCACUCGUUUAUGACGAGUUGGUGCGCAUUCUGAGCCAGCUCUUGACCAAGCAGCUGUUCCGCCGCUACCCCAUGCUGAAGGAGAAGUUCCACGCUGUCGUGAUUUCCUUCUUCAAGAAGUGCCUUGAGCCCACCAACAAGCUGGUCAAGGACUUGAUCAACAUGGAAUCCACCUACGUGAACACCGGCCACCCCGAUUUCCUGAACGGACACCGCGCCAUGACUCUCGUCAACGAGCGUCAGGCAGCCGCCAAGCCUACACAGGUCGACCCCAAGACCGGCAAGCCUCUGCUCCCAGCCCGUGCCCAGAGCCCCUCGCUCGACACCACUGGUGAGGCCAACAACAACAGUGGGUUCUUCGGCAGUUUCUGGGCUUCCAAGAACAAGAAGAAGAUGGCCCUCAUGGAGGCUCCUCCCCCAACUCUCAAGGCUUCAGCUAGCUUGUCUGAGCGUGAAGCCACUGAAGUUGAGGUUAUCAAACUCCUGAUUAACUCCUACUUCAACAUUGUCAAGCGCACAAUGAUCGACAUGGUCCCCAAGGCCGUCAUGUACACCCUGGUCCAAUUCACCAAGGAUGAGAUGCAACGCGAACUCCUGGAGAACAUGUACCGCACCAACGAGCUCGACGAACUCCUCAAGGAGAGCGAUUACACGACCCGCCGACGAAAGGAAUGCCAACAGAUGGUCGAGAGCCUGGGUCGCGCCAGCGAAAUCGUCAGCCAAGUCCAGUGAUGAAAUAGUGGACUUGGUCACCAGACGAUUUUUCCCCAGAGGAAAAAAUCAUCCCAUUGACCACUGCAUUGGCGGAGUUGGGCUCCUCGCAUCUCUUUGUGAUUUUUACAACACGAUCCGAAUAUCCUGACUAUACUCCGUACUUGCUUUGCUGUUCCUACCAUCCCUUGGUUAGCGACUUGUUCCGUUGGUCCUUAUUUAGAUGUUGAUCUGGGUGGUUCGGGUUCGGGGUUCAGAUUUCUGAGUUGCGUCCUUGGUGAUCGUCGUCUUUGGUUCCGAUACGAAGGGGGAGUUCUUUGCUUCGUCCUGCUAUGUGUUUCUUUUCGUUUUUUUUCUUUCCAAUUUGAGAGCUCUAUACCGUUUUCCUUUCCCAUUGCUUGGUAUGCUGUCUGUGUUCACGGACUUCCUACCAUGGACGCCCGGAUGAUUGUAUCAAUUAAUGAUUAUAUCUCUGCUUUAUGACUUAACUUAGAAUUCAGAUGUUGACUUUUCAAUGUUA